AGAAGAAGAAAAAAAUUGAAAUGGAGUUGAACCAGAGUCACAUACGGGUUGAUUACUAUGGACGAAGCUUGACACGCGUUAGAAUUUCAAUUGAAAACCGGGCGCCAUGGCAAAACUUCGAAUGUGUUUAUAAGUGACAGAAUCGUUUUAUUCCCCUUUAGUUGUUACUUUGAAGCUCUCGUUCCAGCGACUUUUGUUUUCAUCGCUAUCAAGUAGCAUUUCACCGUUAAACCCAAGCUGUGGAACGCAUGAGGAAGUGGUCGCUUUAUAUUACGCCAUUAUAAUACCACCUUUGCCACGUCCAUGAGCUCCGGGUAUUUUCAGCAGGGUGUUUUUGUAUUGAAGACAGCUAGCAGACGACUGCAGGCAGCGAACAAAAGACGCGCGCGGCCUCAUAUUUUCAUCUGGGUGACUCCUCGAGGGGCCGAACGGGUUGCAGGCAGGCCGGAAUAUAUUUUGACAUCUUAUUUCAUCUCAGAAGGAGGCCUCCAUGCCUGAACAUUACUCAAAAUUCUGCAAAUUUCAUCAUCCUACGUUGGCAACAAUAUGUGACCUAACAUCUAAAAGCAAGCCGCCACUUUCAGGUCAAGUGGAACCACCUUUAUCCCGCAUAUCACCUCCGAAACCACAAACAUCCACCGAAUCGGCUUCAAUCACCAUGUCACGUGAUCAGUCAGCUUGUUGUUUCCCCUUCACUGAUUGGCUAGACUAUACCUUCACCGUACUGAGCAUGCGCAUCGGUGGUUACAAAGAACUCGAAGACGAAUCGCCGCAGCACCGUACGCUCAACAUCCGUUUCCAUGACGACGAUCGAGAGUGGGUGGAGCGUCAUCUUCAGCCGGUGGUGCAGGAGCGAUUGUCCUUCUUCCACGCUGUCACCUAUGGCGACAAACACUGCACCGGGACGCCUUCGUCUUCGAUCAUUUCAAAGACGAUCUCGAAGAAAGCUUCAAGACCGUGUUCGUCAUCAGUAAAUCAUCCCUUGCCGACAUCGACUUCGUAUCCAUGGUGCGGCAAUCGUUUCAUCACAUUAACCGAGUGAAACUCAAGAAGGUGCUCCUGCUCUUCCUCGACCCUCCCGGAGACAUAGCCCUACCGUACGGGGUCAAGUAUUACGUGGACAAACAUAUGCCGUACUUGACAUGGCCGGAGAGUGGAGGUAAAAGGGAGUAUUUCUGGAAGAAGUUUGUAAAGUGGACAUCGAUUAAUAAGAGACUGGCAUCUUCUCUCCCAGAAAGGUGCUAUCUUCAUUCUCCUUGGCGCCAGUAGUUCAUUCUUGAGGCCAGAAAUGGAGUAACUAUAGUUCUGUAUAUACAGUGCAACCUGCUUCAUUGACCACCUGUAUAAAAAGACCACCUGUCUACAAAGACCACAUUUUUUGUUUCCCUUGAAAUGGUUUCUCAUUGAAACAUGUACUAAAGGAACCUGUACAUAAAGACCACCUGCCUUUAAAGACCACUUUUAGUCUCCCUUGGGUGGUCUUAAUAGACAGGUUUCGCUGUACUUGAUCGGGAAACAUCAUUCUAUAUGAAGCCAAUGAUUGCUGGAAUAAUGUAUGUAUGUGGGUUGAAAAAUCAUUCAUCAUGAACUAUGCCAGGAUACCUUUUCUAUUUGCCUGCAGUACCCAUUGCAUUUAUAAACACAAGUUUUAAACAUUUGAUAGUCACAACGUCAUAGAGAAGGAAAUAAUGAUAUACGCGACAUUAAUCUUCUUGAAAGCAUUUUAAUUGAAUUGGAGAGCAAAGCAAAUUAAAUUGCCCUGACAUUUUCUUAAUCAAAUUAAGCAAACUAAUAUGUAGUUGAUCUUCAUUGAUUAGCAAAAUAUGUCGGCAUACUUUUCAUCAUACCAGAGCCCCUCCCCCCAGUUAGUUCUUUUCGUGAAACACAUACUGCUAGUUAGCUCACAUGCUUUACGCCCCUUCCCCCUCCCACCCCCUCCCUACUAUGCAGCCAAGCUAAGGGCGGAUGCUACAUUUGCAAAUGUAUUUGAUCAGUUUGUUAUCCAUGCUCGUAACUUAAAAUAUUAUACUAAUUCUAUCUAACACUGCAAGCAAUGUAUUCAAACGUAAAGUAUUGAAGACACAGAACAAGUAUGUAGUCACUUCGAUAUUUUGGACCGAGUCCAAGUGAGUCUUUGUUCUGUUUGUUAUUUCAAGAUCAUUAAGCCUGGCGACUUCAAAGCACAUUGUUGCCCAUGAAUUUGGAAUAUUUUAAUCGUUUAUAAUACUAAUAAUCGGUACAAACCCCCUUCUUCAUUUGACUUCUUCCAAAAGCAUCUGAACACUGACUCGGACUUCCGCAAUUAUUUUUUCCUACGACCAAGGGACAGCGCUCUGUAUCCUCUGGAAAAGGCGUUAUAUAAAUCCACUAACAACAUAUAGCUGCGUAGAAAAAUGAAAAAGCGUGACAUUCCUCAACUACUAUUGAUGUUGUCAUCUUAGAUUAUAUAAUGAAUUAUGCCUCUCUUGCCAAAAUAUAGUGCAGCAUUGCAAAUGUAUUCAGAUUCACAGCAACUUAUGCUUUACCCUGUCUUCAUCGGGAAUAGCGAAGAAAGUCAAUAUGUUUUCGUUGAGAAAUGUAUUAAUUUGGAUUAUUUUGUUCAUUGUUUACCAAUAGUCCGUCAAAACAAAUGCAGACAAGUAAAGGUCUAUUAGGUGAUUUGACCUUGAAUUUAAUUUGGAAAUUUAGUUCAAUUUCAGGGGAGAAUUUGUGAAAAUGAUAUAAAUAAAUUCUUAAAAUGUUUUGGACAUGAAAUUUUAGAAGAGAUAAUAAUAAUAGGAGGCGUGUCUUGAAUUCCAUUGUAAAUUAUUAUAGGGUUGUUUUGCAAUAAUUUCUAGUAAAAAUUAUUCUCGUUCUCUUUAACAGAUCAACAAGUUAAGGUAAAGACUUUUGGUCAAAUUCAUGCCCAUUUUAAUUAUUCCUUCUCUUACUUUAUUUCAAUUUAUGUCUCGUUUUAAUUUGAGAGACCUUGUUGUUUAAUUGCUUUAAUGGGAUUCGGCGGCAGCAUUUUGAAAUAAAAACUGUUGUGAUAUUCGAUUACUUCUUUUAAUAAUACUUUAUUUUUUAAUGGUAUAACGAACGAGAGGUCAUACGAGAAAAAGCAAUUAAAGAAAUUAAGGAAACAUUAGAUUAUGGAAUUUAGUACAAUGGUAACUAAGAAAGAAAGGAGAGAAGAAGAAGAAGAAGAAGAAGAAGAAGAAGAAGAAGAAGAAGAAGAAGAAGAAGAAGAA